CUGGGGCUGGACGACGUCUUGCUACGGCGAGGGACGCCAGGAGCAGGCGGCUUCCAAGAGCCCCCAGGUGCCGCCGCCGCCGCCACUGCUGCAGCGGGGGUGUGUCUUGGAGCGCCCCCCACCCCUCGGUGCUGGUCCGGGGGGUGGAGACCAGCGACGGGAGGAGGAGGAGGAGGAAGUGGAGGCGGCGGAGAAUAGCGGGCAAAUGGAGCCCUGAAAGGCUGCAGCAGUGAGCAGGCGAGCGCGGCUUCUCUCCUCCCGUAGGGCGGGCUGUGCAAGCUCCCAGUUGCCGUCGCCGCAGGCUGUGCUGCUUGGAGGAGGCACAGCCUUGUGCCUGCUGCAUUUCGCCGGCAGAGGAGGAGGAGAGCGGCUGCCGCUUUUCCCUCCUCUCCGUCGCCUCGGAACGUUCCCGGAUCUGCUUCGCCUCGGAGGGCCUGCAAGAAAAAGGGUUGCACCCAACUUGCUGCUCGCAAGCAGCCUUUGGCGUGGGGAAGUUUCCAGAUGGCUGCUGGGCGGUCGCUCUCUUCCCCGCUCCCUCUGCGAGGUCCCUGCUGGUUGCAAGCUCAAAUGCAUGGGGAAUUCUAAAAAGACCCCCCCCCUCACCCCAACAUAGUUGCAGCACCCUAAAGACUGAAUGAGCGCCCUGUGUUGAGAAGUGGGCCCCUUACCGCUUGGGUCCAGCCUCCGCAUUCCUCCUGGACUACUACUUCUUCUUAUUUUAAAUAACUUGCUCUGGAGGAGUGGAAGGGAAGAUGCAGACCUUUCUGAAAGGGAAAAGGGUGGGCUAUUGGCUGAGUGAAAAGAAAAUCAAGAAGCUGAAUUUCCAGGCGUUUGCGGUGCUUUGCAGGAAAAGGGGAAUAGAAGUUGUACAGCUUGACCUUACCAGACCAAUAGAAGACCAGGGCCCACUAGAUGUGAUUAUACACAAACUAACGGAUGUCAUCAUUGAAGCGGACCAAAAUGACAGCCAGUCAUUGGAGUUGGUUCACAGGUUCCAGGAGUAUAUUGAUGCUCACCCUGAAACCAUCAUUCUGGACCCCCUUCCGGCUAUCAGAACAUUGCUGGAUCGAUCAAAGUCUUAUGAGCUUAUUAGACAGAUAGAGGCCUAUAUGAAAGAUGAGAGGAUCUGUUCACCACCAUUUAUGGAACUGACAAGCGCCUGUGGAGAAGACAUCUUGCAGCAAAUAGAGAAGAGUGGAAUAGCCUUCCCAUUUAUUUGCAAGACAAGAGUGGCCCAUGGAACCAACUCUCAUGAAAUGGCUAUCAUAUUCAACCAAGAAGGCCUGAAGGCCAUAAAGCCCCCAUGUGUGAUUCAGAGCUUCAUCAACCAUAAUGCCGUCCUCUACAAAGUCUUUGUGGUUGGAGAGUCAUACAGUGUGGUGAAGAGGCCAUCUCUCAAGAACUUCUCAGAUGGCAUUUCAGAUCGAGAAUCGAUAUUUUUCAACAGCCACAACGUAUCAAAGCCAGAAUCCUCUUCAGUCUUAACAGCACUUGAUAAAAUAGAAGGCGUGUUUGAGAGGCCAAAUGACGAGGUGAUCCGAGCGAUCUCAAAGGCGCUGCGGCAGGCCCUGGGCGUGUCUCUCUUCGGGAUUGACAUCAUCAUUAACAAUCAGUCUGGUCAGCACGCUGUGAUUGAUAUCAAUGCAUUCCCAGGUUACGAGGGUGUCUCAGAAUUCUUCACUGACCUUCUCAACCACAUAACUGCCGUCCUGCAGGGGCAAGCGCCCGAGGUGUCCCAGCUCAACCGUAGUAAGCACCUGGCCGAACAGACCAGCAGCUUAGCAGGAGAGAGGACAUGCUGUGCGAGCAAUGGCUGCCGAAGCGUGGCGGGCAAAGACCCCUGGAUAGUGGACAGCGAGACCACCCCCUCAGUGAAACUUCAGCACCAGAGACUAGGCUAUAACUCGGCAGUGUCCCCGAGCUUUCAGCAGCACUGCGUUGCCACAUUGGCAACGAAAGCUUCCUCUCAAUAACCCAAACCGGCACCAUGGACUGAGGGGGAGGACCCCGGGCCCCUGGAUCAAAGCAGGCUGGGUUGGUGAUGCAACUACUACUUUAAAAAAAAUCUUUAUUAGUUCAACAUGAUUUUUUGAAAAGGAAAAAAAAAAUUAGUGAUCUGGGUCCACUUCAUCAGAUUCCUGCUGCAACUUCGUAGUGAUUUUACACAUGCUUGUGUCUCUGUGUGUGUGUGUGUCUGUCUGUCUGUGUGUGUGCGUGUCUUUUUAAACACUAGACCCCUUAAUAUGGGAGGAUGGGGAGGGGGAUUUCAACUUUUUGUUUCGUCUUUGUUUUCCUUUGUAAUCAUUCGUGACCAGUAAACCUCGCAAAAUUGAUAUGAAUUGCAUUUGAGAAAAUUUUCCAGUUGAAAUUCGACAGCCUUUCUUAAUGUCCUCUCAGCUCAACCCAAAGAAUAUGGCAAGAGAGCGCACGGAAUGUUCCCUGCAACUCACUGUGCUCAAGAACAGGCCAAGCGUUUUACCCUACUGGCCUCUUUAUUCUCCUGGGUUGACUCUCUUCAACAAGGGUGUCCAACUCUGGUGCCCCAGAUGUUCGUGGAGUAUGAUUCCCAUCAGCCCCUGCCAGCAUGGCCAAUUGGCAUACUGGCAGGGACUGAUGGGAAUCAUAAUCCAUGAACAUCUGGGGGACCAGAGUUGGACACCCCUGCUCUACAAUAAUUCCUGAUGGGGUAAUGUAUAAACCCCUGUUGCACUGUCUGGCUGUAACCGAAGACCAGUAGCAAAACCAGGAGUGUUCAAGAGUUUCUUUCCACUGAACUGAGAGUCUUGUACCACCUUGUCCAGUUCCAGCUAUUAUAUCAAAAGUAGCUGGAACUAGUUAAGUCUGUUAAGAGAAAGCUCUGUUAUUAAGUUUGAGAACUUCUUCCUGUUUGAAACAAUCCCUAAAUUAUUUGAAAGAAAACAUUUUUUUAAAUCUCGAAUUGUCUAAGCUUUAGUGAAGCAGCUGAACAUUUUACAUGAGCUUUGGGCCUUUAGGUUCAGCAGAAUUGAGUUCCUGUGCUCACAGUGAAGGCAUCCAAAGAUAAUAUGUACCCUCCCCCCUUUUUAAGAGAGGGGGAAGGAAGAUGUAAAUCAUGUACGCACGUGGCCAACCCAAUGCAUUAUGUCAUAGGGCUGGUAUUGGUGAAUGCUCAUAUUCCCCCAGCAGUAAUACCAGAACCCCCCCUCCCUCCCAGCUUAAAAAAAAGAAUAAACUAUCUUAAUCCCCCAUUGAAGUCCAACAUUCUUGAAUUUCUGGUCAGGAAGGAGAACGUAGGAAGACCUGGUAAGAUCUUGGGACAGAGAAAUGGACAAAAAGAUUGCCGAGAUAAUUUCAUAUGUAUUGGCCUGCCCCUUCUAGCUGUGUUCUUGGAUUGCCUAGAAGUGUCCAUAUGGAGGAAAAAUGCUUGGCUUGCUGUGUAUUUUUAAGGCCUCUAUAAAGACUUCACAGUAAUUAGUCAUUGAUAUAAACACCCUUUAAAAGUAGGCUGUUUCUGUUCAGAAGUUUCCACGGAGGGGUCAUUAUCAGACAUUCAUCUGGGUUUUCUGAAUCCGAUUUGGAUUGCUGCGGUUCUGAAUGAUGCUUUCUGUUAUCGACAGUUGCUGAGAGAUCACAGUGAAAAUGGCUAGGGAUUUAAGUGCACAUUUUUAACAAGCAUUAGGCAGGAGUGAAAAGUAGGUUGAGCGUGGAUUUGCAGAACUCUUUGAUACCAUAAUCCUCUCGCAAGUUCAUGAUCUUUUCUUUUUUUUUUUAAGAUUGUAAUCGGAACUUAUUUUUCCCCCCAAAUCCCUUGUUCUUAUGAGCGAUGCAGGCUGGAACACAGUUUCCCCCUGACAAGUGAUCACCACCCAAAGCUGCUCCCAAUAUCAUUUAAAAAGGUGAAAUGUGUAACGUGUUGUGACGUGCUCCACCCCCCGCUCCAUCUCAUUGGCUGUUGAGACCAAUGAUGUCAUGUUGUACUUUACUAAAUAUAAUGGGGGAGAACAGGGGAAAAGAAACAUGGACUAGUUCCAGGCACUGAUUACCUUAGAGAGCACCCUAUAUGAUAUCACUGGGCUGUGGAUUUUCUUUUUUUACUAUUAAGCUUUCUGUUUCUUUUCCUCCCACCCCACCCUGCAAAAUGAAAUGGCAAUAUUAAAUUAAAUUUUGAGCUGAGGGAGAGAAAACAAGAAGAGGAGCUAUUCUGUUUGUUGUGAUUUAGUUAAUGGGAGGCAUUUCAAAACUAACGAUGUUUACAUGAAUCUGAGUAUUGGAUCCAAUUAUGGUGUCUUUUAUGUUAUUUCCUACUUUUAACAAUGAAUUUUUUUUUCCUUUACAUGGCUGCCUUCUAAAUUUUGGUUAGCCUAUUUUGCACUGCUUUAUUUCUCUGUAAUAAAACUACUGAAAUAUGAUUGUGCAUUUUAUGUUUGUUGGCAAAUCAUUCUGGUAACUGUUAGUAAGUCUAUUUUUUGUGAAUUCUCGAAAGUCUUAUGGCAAAAUCUUAUAAAAAUACAAUCCUGA